CAAUCCGCUGCUAUUUAUCUUUCUUGGUGACACCGUCAUUCCAUGGACUCAUAGAGCACGAUGAUGAACGGAAAUGGUAUCAAGCUAUUCUCGGGUACGAGCCAUUAUGAGCUCGCCGAAGGCAUUGCCCGGCGGAUCGGGAUCCCUCUCGGUCGUGCAGAGGUCUCGAAAUCUCACAUUGGCGAGUCCAACGUCCGGGUUGUCGAGUCCGUCCGAGAUGAGGACGUGUACAUCAUCAACACCGGCUGCGGAGACAUCAACACGUCUCUCAUGGAGAUGUGCAUUAUGAUCCAUGCAUGCAGGAUCGCGAGCGCCCGGCGGAUCACUGCAGUCAUGCCGCUCUUCCCGUACGCUCGUCAAGACAAGAAGGACAAAAGCCGAGCGCCCAUCACGGCAAAGUUGGUGGCUAACAUGCUGCAGACGAGUGGAUGCGAUCAUGUUAUCACCAUGGACCUCCACGCAUCGCAGAUUCAGGGUUUCUUCGAUGUGCCAGUGGACAAGCUGUACGCGGAACCCUCCGCGAUUCAUUACGUGCGGACGAAUUUCAACUUGGAUGAGAUUGUCAUCGUCUCGCCGGAUGCCGGAGGUGCCAAGAGGGCGACCGCCAUGGCAGACCGACUGAAUGUGGACUUUGCGCUCUUUCAUAAAGAGCGCAAGAAGGCCAACGAAGUCUCUCGAAUGGUGCUCGUCGGGCAUGUCGCGGGUAAGGUAGCGAUUCUCGUCGACGACAUGGCGGACACUUGCGGGACGCUCUGCCUUGCUGCGGAGCGCCUGCUAGAAGCCGGGGCCAGCAAGAUCUACGCGUUUGUGACGCACGGGAUUCUGAGCGGGAACGCGCUGGAGAACAUCACGCGCAGUCCGCUCGAGAAGCUCAUCGUGACGAACACCCUCCCGCAGGAAGAAAACAGGAGGCGAUGCUCGAAAAUAGAGGUGAUUGACAUAGGGGGUGUGCUCGGAGAGGUGAUACGGCGGAGCCACUACGGAGAGAGUGUAUCGCGGCUGUUUGAGGAGCUUCCGUUGUGAUCUCAUGGCUGUUGAUACCUGUACAUUCUGCUCCAUGCUCGCGAACGCAAAAUGAUAGACAGCUGAGAUCUGAGAAGC